UUGACUUAGAGGGCUUUUUUGAAAAAUGAUUUUUUUUUAAUGUUUAUUUAAUUUCAACUUUUCAACAUGCUAACACAGAUUAAUGAUUUUUGAUAUAUUUGAUAUAUAAUCAUAAAGAUUCAAAUAUGUUUUUUUUUUUAAUUAUAUGAAAUUAAGUGUCAAGUUAAAAUAGGCUAAGCUAAACAAAUUGAAACACACAAUCAAAAAUUCACAAACGUAAGUGGAAAUGAAAACAAGUAGUCAUGUCAUCUAUAUUAUUAUUCCUCUUUAUGCAGUAUAGUGAUGGUAGGACUUUGAUAGGGAAUUACAAAGCAUGAAGCACUUAUUUAAGGAAGAUGUUUUUUCUUACAUAUUCAUCAUGCUCAUCUUCUUGUCUUCCAUCUGCCGAUGUUUUGGUGUUACGUCAGAUGCAAUAACUACGGCCCAUUUUCUCAAAGAUGGCGAGGACAACGUUGUUGUUUCAGGUGGUGGAAUCUACGAACUGGGAUUCUUCAGUCCAGGCAAUUCCAAAAAUCGAUACGUGGGUAUGUGGUACAAGAACAUACCUGUUAGGAAAGUUGUGUGGGUAGCCAACAGAGAAGCACCUCUGACCAGUAGAGCUGGUAUCUUGAAGGUCGUUGAGCCAGGCAUUCUUGUCCUUGUCAAUGGAACUAAUAAUGUUGUGUGGUCAACUAAUACAUCGAGAUCUGUGCAGAAUCCCAUUGCACAGUUGCUGGAUUCCGGGAAUCUUGUUGUGAAACAAGCUGGUGAUGAGAAUUUCCUUUGGCAGAGUUUUGAUCACCCAACUAAUAGAGUUUUUGCAGGCGUGAAGCUCGGUUGGAACUUUGUAACAGGCAGAGAGGUGUACCUGUCGUCAUGGAAGAAUGAAGAGGAUCCAGCUCCCGGUGAUUAUACAUAUCGUUGUGAUCCUACUGGAUAUCCACAGAACUUCCUGAAGAAGGGCUCAAAUGUGAUAUAUCGCUCUGGACCAUGGAAUGGUCUUGGCUUUGGUGGGCUAACAAACUCAAGAUAUGGUACUUUCUAUAGAUAUGAAAUAGUCUCAACUAAUACAGAGGUGUACUUUCGAACUUACCUCACACCUAAAGUUAUCGCAAUGUUGAUACUAAAUCCAAACGGCAUCCUACAACUUUUGACUUGGGUUGAUGGAGAACAGGCUUGGGUCCCUUUCUUCAUAAUACCAGGAGAUAACUGUGAUACAUAUAACUUGUGUGGCUCAUAUGGUAGCUGCAACAGUAAUGAUUUUCCCGUGUUAUGUGGAUGCUUGGACAAAUUUGUGCCAAAGAAUAGUGAAGCUUGGAACAAGGCAGACUGGUCAGGUGGAUGUGUUCGGAGAACUCAACUAAAUUGCUCUCAAGGAGACGUAUUUCUGAAGUAUUCACAACUCAAAGUUCCAGACACACGGAAAUCCUGGUCCAAUGUGACUAUGACACUAGAAGAAUGCAAGAAUAUCUGCUCUAAAAAUUGCUCUUGUAUGGCUUACUCAAAUACCGACAUACGCGACGGAGGAAGUGGAUGCUUAUUGUGGUUCAACGAUCUGCUUGACAUUCGGCAGGUACCCAAAGGAGGGCUAGAUAUCUACAUUAGAGUCGCUGCUUCUGAUUCAGAUGAUAGUCUGGAGCAAUCGAAUGGAAAGAAAGGAAAAACACUUAUCAGGAUUCUGGCAACAUCAGUUGGUGUCAUUCUAGCAAUCCUUAGCAUGCUGAUCUAUCAUAGAAGAAGGAAAAAGGUUUUAGAGCUCAAAAAGAAAGGAAGGUUGGGACACAGUGACGAUUGCGCUGAAGAAUUGGAAAUACCGUUGUUUGACUUAUCUACCAUAGAAAAGGCUACCAAUAACUUCUCAAUAGACGUAAAGAUUGGUGAGGGGGGCUUUGGACCAGUUUACAAGGGAAUGCUUGAAGGACAGGAAAUAGCUGUCAAGCGUCUGUCUAGAACUUCCACACAAGGAGAACAUGAAUUCAUGAAUGAAGUUUUAUAUAUUGCAAAACUUCAGCAUAGGAAUCUGGUGAAGAUUAUUGGCUGCUGCAUUGAAGGAGGAGAAAAAAUGUUGAUCUAUGAGUACUUGCCAAACGGGAGUCUUGAUUCGUUUAUCUUUGAUAUUUUGUUAAUGGCCAAACAAAAUUUGACAGAUGAUACACAAAACAAGGUACUAGACUGGCCUAAGCGAUUUCACAUCAUCAACAGUAUAGCUCGGGGACUUUUGUAUCUGCAUCAAGAUUCUCAAUUGAGAAUAAUUCACAGAGACCUGAAAGCUAACAACAUUCUGCUAGACAAGGACAUGAAUCCAAAGAUAUCAGAUUUCGGUUUGGCAAAAAUAUGUGAAGAGGAUGACAUUGGAGCCAAGACAAACCGAGUUGUUGGAACAUACGGGUACCUCUCACCAGAAUAUGCAUCGCAUGGGCUAUACUCAGUGAAAUCAGAUGUAUUUAGUUUUGGUAUCUUAGUACUGGAAAUUGUGAGUGGCAAAAGCAACAGAAGAUUUUCUCAUCCAGACCAUUCCCUUAACCUACUCGGACACGCAUGGAAAAUCUAUAAAGAAGGUAGGUCGAUAGAACUGCUUGAUGAACGCUUAAGUGAUACUUGUUCAAGAUCAGAGGUGGUACGAUCAAUCUGUGUUGGUCUAUUAUGUGUCCAACAAUGUCCUGAAGAUCGUCCAAGUAUGUCGUCUGUGGUUUUCAUGUUAAACAAUGAAGGUGUAUUGCCACAGGCCAAACAACCCGGUUUUUACAUAGAACGAAAUACAAAGGAAGUGGAAUUCUCUUCUAAUCAACAUGCAAAUGUAACAGUGAGUGAGACGCCCAUCACAAUAUUAGAUGUCAGGUAGUCAAUGGCGGAGGCAUGAUUUUCAUCAAGGGGAUUAAAUAAAAGAAGUAAACACGCGAAAAUUAUAGGAUGAUAAAUGGAGGGGGCAACAAGGGACAAAACUAUCCUUAAGCCCACUAAAUUAUAACUCGUCUUAUCAUGCCUCUUUUACAUUUCUUCCACUUUUUCCCUGCUCCGUCGAGCUCUUCUUAAAAUUUCUUUAAUUAUUUGUAGCACAGUACCUGUACGAUAAGCUUGCAACAUGCUCUCAUAGGCCAUUGGGUGUUUACACCAAAUUCAACUACUUCAAUGCAUAUCAAGUAUUUGUUGGUUUGUUAUAUAACCUUCUUUUAGUUGAGGCAUGACAGUUGUGUUAUGUAUGUACUUAUUGAUUUGAUGUAAAUAUUAAAUGCAUAUAAGUA